GGUCUGGAGUGGAGUUGCUGCGAGGGGUCGAAGCCAAAGGAAGGGGAUCCGUGUCACUGCCUGUCUCCUGCAGCCCAGACAUGUCUGAUCCAGCUCAGCCAGGUGCACCAGGGGCAGGACAAGAAGGAGGAGAAAAUGCUGGGGGACCCCCUGGAGCCCCUCCAAAUUUGACCAGUAAUCGUCGCCUGCAGCAGACUCAAGCGCAGGUGGAAGAAGUGGUGGAUAUAAUGCGUGUGAAUGUGGACAAAGUCUUGGAGAGAGAUCAGAAGCUAUCAGAACUAGAUGAACGAGCAGAUGCACUCCAAGCCGGUGCCCAAGUAUUUGAAAGCAGUGCAGCAGCGCUCAAGAGAAAGUACUGGUGGAAGAACUGCAAGAUGAUGAUCAUGCUGGGAGUGAUCUGUGCCAUUGUUGUCAUUGCAAUUGCACGUAAGUAUCAAAGGGAGACCAAGGUAACUGGGUUUAUGAGUCACAAGCACUGGAUAAGCAACCACAUCACCCUGCAUGUGGGAGGUAGUUCCUACUGCUCUUCCCUUUGAUAUGAAAGACCAGCAAAAUCUCUGAGCCAAUGUCCUGUGGGAUAAUGGCUGUUUCCUUCCCUGGGUGUGGGACAAGGAUGGCAGAAUGGGAGGGUUUCCUUUUCCUGUAUGUUCAGCAGCUUUUGUUAAGUGUGGGGUACUCAGUGUAACAUGCCCUCUUGUUUUCUCCUUUCUCUUCCUUCUGUUGCUUCUGUUCCCAGUCUACUUUUUUACCUGAGAAUGUGGUUCUUUCCCCCUCCUCCCCCCCUCCCUAAUCUGCAGCCUCCUUUUCCCCAAAGCCCUUUCCGCUCCCAAUUCCAUCUUCUCUUUCCUUUCUCCCUUCAUUCUGGCUUUGUCAUCUGUUUUCCUUUAGUUAUGUUUGCCUUCCAUAUGACAGUUUAAUGCACUGUUUCCAGCUCCAGUUUUGAGUUGAACCCCUUCACAACUGCUGCAGCCUUUGAGUGUGCCAUCUCUUUUUGAAGGGUGGCAAUGGGCCUAGUGGAGGAAAGAUUUAAAGGGGGCGGCAUGGGCUGGUGUGUUCUGCUUGAUGAUACACCUGAGUUUCACUUGUGGUUUGUGGUACAUUGCAGGAGUCCUUUUCUUUUGUGACUCUUUUGCAAAGCAUUUCAUUUGGCUAUGGACAGUGUUAAUGAAAUGUCCACAGGAAUAGUUGGUGGGAGAGGAGAGAAGCUGUGUCCUGACCAUUUUUCCCAGGGACAAGAUUGAGGUAUUUGACACCAGAAUUGGUCUGAUGUUCCCUUAGUUUUAAUUAUAAGCUCAUGCUGGAUGCUCUGAUUGCAGAAAUUCUAGUCCUAUGAAGACCAUCAUCUUUCCUGUACUAUCUCCAGGGCACCCUUGGCCUCACAAAUGUAGUGGAAAAGAUACUGGUUUGAUUAGUUCUCCUUGACUCCAAAGCAGGUAUAUUGUUAUUUACAUUCAUAGUAUAGUUAUAGUCAAAAGCAGCAAUAGUAUCAAACUGUAUAGAUCUUUGCUGUGGCUUGCUUGACUACUCAGGUAGCUUACUGGGAAUCUGCCAUUUAGUUAGCAAGUCCCAUGCUGCUUGCUCCUUAGCUAAAUAGGAUAUGCAGCAGCUUAAUAGUACCAGUGUAUCCAAGACUUCUUACUCUGCACAUGUUGUUAUAGUAGGACUUGCUUUCAAGGCAGUUGCGCUGUAUAAAGACAGGACUGAAACUGAAGAGGUUUCUUGGGUUUGAGACAGCAAUGCAGUGUAUCUGGAAACUGACUGAAUGCUGAUUCUUGCAGUCUUUUCAACAAUCCUCUUUUAGGUCAUCACAUCACAAUGCUGUCAGCGAUGAGCAUGCACGUAUGGGCUAAUGCUCAGUGACCACUUAACAUGCUAUGGUGAAGUUGUAUAACCCUGAUUUGAAGUAACACAGUUGUGAAGCUAAAUGUGCUUAAGAGAGGUUUCUGCUGUGUUUGCCAAUCAGGACACAAGAGGUGGCACAGCUAUGCAGCAUAGUCUGAGGCCUUAAUCUGGAUGCACAAAUGUCUGCCUUGCUGGAGUGCUAGUUAGGAUUCAGCCAGAUGGAAUGCUAUUGAAAGGGGGGUAGGGGCUGUGAUUAUGCUGUAGGGUACGGGUGGUCAGCCACUGCCCCCAGCACUUUAUUCGAAAGUAAUUUAAUUUGACCUCCUAAAAUUCUACCCUAGAUGUGGUAGGAAUAGCCUCUACUGUCCCCAUAGCAUGCUGCAAAGGUGCUGACGUUUUUUGCAUGUUCACUGCCAUGCACCAGCAUUUCAUUUGCAGAAUCCGUCUUCUUGCAAUUCCCCAUCUUCUCCACAUUGGGGAAUGAUGGAGGAGAACAGGAAUGGAGCUCCUAUCUUCUUUGGACAAACCUCUCCCAUCUCAGUGGAACUGUGCUGAUGGAAGUGCAACAUCUGAAGAGGAG